AUGUCAAAACGCCCUUUAUCAUCUCACGGCGUUAGCCACAGUGAUCUGUCGAACCAAGCAGCCAAAAGACAGCAAACGCGGGAUCCAAGAGCUGCUCAGCUCUCGGAUGCAGAAUUCACGGCACUGAAGAGAUUGGCUGAUAAUGCUGAUGACAUUAUUUAUUCUCUACAGCAGUUGAAACAGUGCCGCAACAGCAUCAAUGAAAGGCACGGUCAAGACGCGGCACUGUUGGCCGCGAGACAAAAUUUUGCUGGGCUUAGCCAUAGCAUCGCGCCAGCGCUGCAGCUGAUUUCACAGACACAAAAUCCCCAUCUGAAGGCUGCCGAUAUCUCAAUUCCACCACCUCCUCAUGUAAAGAUUCCUUCUAUGGAUUGUGUUACACCUUGGCGCUCGAGUGAAAUAUCGCAACAGCUGCCACCACUACCAGCAGUGAAAGACAAAGCGCUUGAAAAGCUAGCCUUUACACACCCCGGAUUCGUUCCCGGCAGCAGCCCCGACAAGCAAUACGAAAGGCUGGAAUGGCUAGGAGACGCAUAUUUGGAACUUAUCGCAACUGCUCUCAUCGACAAGACAUUCUUGCAGCUUCCCUCUGGCCGUUGCUCCCAGAUCCGAGAGAGGCUCGUUCGAAACACGACCCUGGCAGGCUAUUUCCGAGAAUAUGGCUUGGAAUCACGGGCCAGACUACCAACAGAUGUACUCCAUCAAAGGAAGCCUGGGAGAGGCAGCUCCAAGGACAAAGAUUUGUUGAAAACACAGAGCGACAUGUUUGAGGCUUAUGUCGCAGCAGUCAUCAUCUCCGAUCCAGACCAUGGUAUCCGGACCUCGAUCGAGUGGUUGAAAGCGCUCUGGGGCCGGUCCGUCAUUGAAGACGUGCAGAGGGCAGAGCAGGGCGAGGCGCCGGCGACAAGGACGGAAAUCACGCCUCGGAAAAAGACUCCAAAGGAGGAGUUGAGCUCCAAGAUUACAGUCAAAGGAAUCACUAUUCGGUACGAGAAAAUGGAGUCGAAUAAGAGAGAUAGGCACCUUGGCCAAGAGCUAUUUACUGUUGCGGCCUACCUGGAUGGCUGGGGGGAGACGGGCAAGCUUUUGGCCGUGGGGUCUGCCCUGAGCAUCAGGGAGGCUGGCCAAAAAGCAGCUGCCGAGGUUCUGCAAAACAGAAAGCUGCUGAAGGUGUACGAAGACAAAAAGAAAACUUUUGUGGAAGCAAAAGGCGGUGCGGUCGAGCAUGGGCCUGGUCAAUUGCAGGAUGUAAUAUGUGCGAAUACCCUUUGGGAGUAG